GCUAAGCUAGCGGUCGGAAGUCAAGUGCGUCAAGUCAUGUCGUCCAAAGUGGCCGUGGUGACUGGAGCCAACAAGGGCAUAGGGUUCAGCAUAGUCAAAGGCCUGUGCCAGAGGUUUGGCGGUAUUGUGUACCUGACGUCGAGAGACGAGGCCCGGGGGCAUACUGCAGUUGCUGAGCUCAACAAGCUGGGCCUGAAACCCGAGUACCACCAGCUCGAUGUAACGGACCGGCGCAGCGUGGCGGCGCUCGCCGACCACCUGCGCCAGCGCCACGGUGGUCUCGACCUACUCGUUAACAACGCCGCCGUUGCCAACAGCGUGGAUCUAUAUAACUCUUACGAGGAGAACGAGGAAAUUGUCCGAAUCAACUACAAGAGUAUUCUCUUGAUGCAAGAAUUCAUUUUCCCGCUGGUCCGAGACGGCGGGAGGAUCGUGAACAUAUCGAGCGACUGCGGACAUCUCUCCAACGUAAAGAAUAAGUAUUGGAUCGAUAGACUGUCCAGUAAAGAUUUAACUAUAAAGGAUAUCAACGAAUUUGUCGAGUGGUUCCUCGACAGCUGCAAAAACGAAACAUUCAAGAGGGAGGAUAUCGCAGAUGAGGGGACAGUCGCGGCGUACAGGGUGGCGAAGGUGGCCCUGAGCGCCGCAACUAUGUUGCAGCAAAAGGAGCUCGAGGAGAGGAACAUAUCUGUAAAUUCAUUGCAUCCCGGCUUAGUACGCACCGAUAUGACCAACGGGGUGGGGUUCUACAGCGCGGACGAAGCCGCUGAGACGCCGCUCUACCUGCUGUUAGAAGCGCCAGCAACCCUCAAGGGUGCUUACAUCUGGUAUGACAGAAGAGUUCUGGAUUGGUACGACUACAAGGCUGACUAUUACUUUAAAACAUCCACACUUAAAACGUAACUUGUUUAUAUUAUUAACAAC